CUUAUAUCGCACCAACUCGAACCUAAUCAAUCUUUUCCCUUUUCCCUUUUCCCGCUCCGUUCAAAAUUUAUACGCUUGCAUUCCGGUGUCGCUUAAUAUACUCUUUUUUCCCCCCUACGCCACUUGUCACUACCUACACCUCCUACCUUGGUAUCUGACCUAAUAAAUUUGAUUGCUGCAUAGUACGUGGGGUCCUGUCUCCUUUUGGGAGCAAGCUAUCGUACCACAAGCACAUCUGUUGUUGCAAGGAAUAGUCGUAUAGUGUGGGAGCUUGAGGGAAUCUUUAAAAAGGUCUAUUUCUGUCCGGACGAUUUCAUAAAUGACUUUCACCCCGAUUACCCCUGACAGCGCAUCUUCGGAAAUGUCCAACGGCGUCAAUGGCUUCCAUAAGGAAAUGGAUAACCUCCAUAUAAACGGCAAUGGGAGUGGUACGAAUGGUACGAAUGGCACAAAUAGCACGAAUGGGCGAUCCGCAUCAGAGGAGGACGCGAAGAAGAAAAAGAGGGUGAGCCGUAAGCUGUCUAGCCCAAUGAUGCCCUCCUUUAUGGUCUCGGCCCCAGGCAAGGUCAUCGUCUUUGGCGAACAUGCCGUAGUCUAUGGCAAGGCUGCCAUUGCUGCCUCCGUCUCGCUUCGCUCCUAUCUCCUAGUAACCCAUCUCUCCAAAUCGAAACGCACCGUAACCAUGCAAUUUCCCGACAUCGACCUUAUACAUACGUGGAAUAUCGACGAACUACCAUGGGACGUAUUUCAGCAACCUUCUAAGAAAAAGUACUACUACGAUCUUGUCACAUCUCUCGACCCCGACCUCGUAAUAGCCAUACAACCGCACCUUGCAGACAUCUCUUUAGGCAAGUCCGAAGCCGAACGAAAGAUACACCAAAACUCCGCCGCCUCCUUUCUAUAUCUAUUCCUCUCAUUGGGUUCACCCAAGUCCCCGGGUUGCAGGUACACCCUCCGCUCGACAAUACCGAUUGGUGCCGGUGUCGGAAGCAGUGCAUCCAUUGGCGUCUGUUUGGCUGCUGCUAUGCUUCUACAGAUUCGCUCACUCUCGGGCCCGCAUCCUGACCAACCCCCGGAGGAGGCUCGUUUACAAGUGGAAAGGAUCAACAGAUGGGCUUUCGUGGCCGAGAUGUGCAUACACGGUAACCCUUCUGGCGUCGACAACACAGUUUCUACGCACGGCAAGGCGGUGGUGUACCAGAGGACGGACUACAAGAAACCGCCGACGGUGACGCCUCUAUGGGACUUCCCCGAAUUGCCAUUACUCUUGGUGAACACUAGAACACCCAAGUCUACAGCCGUCGAAGUAUCAAAAGUUGCCAAGUUGAGGAAUACACAUCAGGAAUUGGUAGGAUCAAUUAUGGAUGCGAUAGACAAGGUUACGAGAAGCGCAGAAAGUCUAAUCGAAGAGGAAUACUUUGACAACGAGGACACAGAAUCCCUACGACGGGUAGGAGAACUGAUGACAAUCAACCACGGCUUAUUAUCAGCAUUGGGGGUUUCGCAUCCUCGCCUCGAACGGAUACGAGAACUAGUCGACCACGAAGGGUACGGGUGGUCGAAGCUUACCGGUGCGGGCGGUGGUGGCUGUUCGAUAUCUUUAAUGAAGCCUGGCAUUUCUCAAGAAAAGCUGGACAAGCUGGAGCGCAGGCUAGAUAUGGAAGGGUACCAAACAUUCAGGACGACGCUUGGCGGCGACGGUGUGGGCGUUCUAUGGCCGGCGGUGUUGAAGAACGGCCUGGACGAAGACGAGGAGGGGGGUAUGGAGAUUGAUCUCGAAGGUUUCCUAAAUGCGCCGGGCAACGACGGCGUGGAGAAGUUAGUGGGUGUAUCUGGUGGCUUAGACGGAGCUGAGAGGGAAGGCUGGAAAUUCUGGAGGGUCGAGAGUCAAUAAUGAUAAGACGACGAGAUGAUGGAGAUUGUCUUUGAAGUAGUUGCUUCUAUGGAUCAUAGGGGGGCAAUGCAGUACCUACUAUAAUAUUUAUAUAGAAGCAUCGAUAGAAAAGCAAUCGAUGAAAGGGAAAUGACUGGCU